UUAACACAAAUAUUAUUCUGUGUCAAGUUUCUAUUUGUAAUUGCUAUUAUUUUUAAUUAAGUUGUCUUUGAUUAAACUUUUUUUAUUGCACGUGAACCCUUUCCCUUUACCUUAAAUUUAAAAUGUCACAACUUCCUCAAGAGGCUCCAUGGCCUUGUAUCUAUGUUUGGUCACAAAUUCCUGCUGAUAAUGUUGUCACAACUCCGGCAGCGGCCAAUCCAAAUAUAAUAAUGGCAGAUGCUAAUGGUGCCAUGCAACCCACCGAAAGGAUACCUAUUCAAGCAACCCCUGAAAUGUGUGACGAGGAACCUCUUUAUGUGAAUGCAAAGCAAUAUCACCGAAUUUUGAUAAGACGUCAAGCUCGCGCCAAAUUGGAAGCAGAGGGUAAAAUACCAGCAACGCGAAGAAAAUAUUUACAUGAGUCAAGACAUAAACAUGCUAUGAAUCGGGUCCGUGGUGAAGGAGGAAGGUUUAAACAAGGGAACAAAGUAUAACAUUUGCUGACAAUAAGAUCUGUAUCUUUUUUUUUGUCCCUUUAAAUCUUCAAUAAACAUGAUUUAAAGCAAAAAUAAUACUCAAAA